AUGUAUUCCAUCAUUCCCGUCGUAGCAGCUCUUUUGCUAGCCUCAUUGACCCGGUUGACUCGUGCCUGGGGGACUCUUGGGCACCAAACGGUCGCUUGGAUCGCCCAGUCGUACGUUUCGUCGACCACCGAGGCCGCAAUCAAAGAUAUCCUCGGCUCGACUCAAGCGGACUACAUGGCCAAUGUGUCCACCUGGGCUGAUUCAUACCGAUAUACCAGUGCCGGAGGUUGGUCAGCACCGCUACACUACAUCGACGCCAAUGACAACCCCCCAUCCUCAUGCUCAGUGGAGUAUGAUCGAGACUGCAGUGACGCUGGAUGUAGCGUCAGUGCCAUUGUCAAUUACACCUCUAUUCUCCAGGAUGAUGAGUCAGGCGACGCCGUCAAGUUGGACGCCGUGAGAUUCAUGAUUCAUUUCAUUGGAGAUCUUCACCAACCAUUGCACGACGAAGCGCUCAGUGUGGGCGGAAACGACAUCGAUGUCACCUACGAUGGAGACGCCACCAACCUCCAUCAUAUUUGGGAUACUGAGAUUGUGGAACAGCUUGCAAACGGCGCUGAUGCUGAAGAGUUUGCCAAAAAUCUCACCGCGUCCAUCAACGCCGGGGAUUAUGGGUGGGAUGCGGAUGGCUGGAUCGACGGGGCCCGUUUAAACGAUACCUUGUCGACAACCAUGACUUGGGCAAACGAGGCCAAUGGAUACGUAUGCAGUGAUGUGUUGAGUGGUGGAGUCGAUGCGGUGGAAGAAGGCGACUUGAGCGGAAGCUAUUACAGUGCCCAUUCCGACGUGGCUCGAGUGCAGCUGGCCAGAGCAGGGUAUAGGUUGGGUGCCUGGUUGAACUUGAUCGUGACUGGCAACAUGGACGGAUGA